GCUAUAAAAUAUUAAGAAUCUAAUUUCAGCAAGCGAAGUGAAAAAAAGCAGGUCACUUUGCAUUUCAUCCUCGCUCUCGAGAUUCACUGAUCUUAAUUCCUAACUCGGUACAGUUUCUUCGAAACCCUAUCUCCAUCGCUACAACACAAAUUCGAGCUCCUCUGUUUCUGGACUAUUUGGAAUUUCACGGCUUCUUAAGGAAUAUUAGGGUUUGCUGUGGACGACAACUUCGGGAGCUCGUCAACGGUUCUGUUGAAGCACCAGAGCUCCAGUAUUUGAACUUUCCAUGUCAACAGAAACACUGAAUUUGGAGUCUUUUCGAGGUUACACUGUUACACUUUUGAACUUUUUUGGAGGGAACUUGGGAAGAUGAUGUAACGGGAGCUGGGGAUCUGCAAGGGUUUGGUGUUUGAUGCCGGAUUUUUCAAGCCUUGGUUCUUGACAUUUUGGCGGGAGAAGGUUGGUGGUUUGAAUUUGGGUUUUUUUGAAGUGGUGGAUGGGUUGGUUUCUAGGGUUUCAGUGAGGUGUCAGGGAAGAUGUUUUAUUCGCAGUUUAUAUUGGCCAAGAAGGGGCCACUUGGAACCAUAUGGAUUGCGGCACAUUUGGAAAGGAAGCUUCGGAAGAAUCAGGUGGCUGAUACUGAUAUUGGCGUCUCUGUGGACUCAAUUCUUUUCCCUGAAGUACCAAUUGCUCUUCGGUUGUCUAGCCAUCUUCUACUUGGGGUGGUGAGGAUAUAUUCCCGAAAGGUGAAUUAUCUUUUCCAUGAUUGCAGUGAGGCUUUGCUUAAGGUAAAGCAAGCUUUUCGUUCCACUGUGGUCGAUCUGCCACCGGAUGAAUCUACUGCGCCUUAUCACUCUAUUACCUUGCCAGAGACUUUUGAUCUUGAUGAUUUCGAGUUGCCAGACACUGCACUUUUUCAGGGUAACUAUGUCGACCAUCAUGUUAGUACGAGGGAGCAGAUUACACUUCAAGAUACCAUGGAUGGUGUGGUCUAUUCCACUUCACAGUUUGGAUUGGAUGAGAGGUUUGGUGAUGGUGAUACUUCUCAGAUUGGCUUAGAUCUUGAUGAGGACUUGUUUUUAGAUAAAGCUGCAGCAGCUCAACAUGCUGAAGAUAUGGUUUCCUCUGUAGAGAAUGUGGGUCCUUGGCCAUGUGGUGAACCCAUGAAACCAUUCACUGGCAUGUUCGUUGUUGGGGAUGAUAGUAAUACCGAGAGGACAGCUGAAAUUCCAGAGGUCAUAUUGGUUGAUGGCAGUGGAAAAGAGAUCGUUUCAGAUGCCCAUGAGCGGAAGAUGGAUGAUAAAUGUGCCAUUCAUAAUGAUCAAAUUAGAAGCCCAAAUCAUGCUGAGGGCUUUCAGUACAAACAGAUAGAGGGCCAAUCUGCAAAUCCUAUGACAGAUUUGGUUGAGUUUACUCUGUCACCUUCAACCAGUGCAUUAGGGGAAGAUGCAAUCCUGGUCAAUGUUGAAGAGGAUCCUUAUAAAAUGGCUUCACCAUGCCAAUCUCAAGAUUGCAAUUCAAUAAAUUUAGCGGUGACAGGGAAACCGGGUGAUUCUAUGAAAGGACCAGAUGUUGGAAAUGUGAACAAUGCAUUGGUGUGUACUUUGCUUAAUAAUGAGAAUUCUGGGGCUGAUGUGGCUGAUGUCCUUUGCAUGCCCAGUGGGAAAAAUGAGUCUCUUACAGGUGGUGUUGAGGCCAUCCAUGUGAAGCAACAAGGAAAUUCUACACCUUCUGCAGAAAAAUGUUCAGACGGAAUUGCGGCUGUGUUGGAUGGUCAGGAAGGGGUUUUAAGUAACAAUGGGCUGGGUGUUCAUAUUUUCCCUAUUGAUCAAAUACAUGCAAAACGUAUGGCCACCCAAGCAAAUGCUGUUGACACAACUGUUGCAUUUCCAGCUUGUUCUCAUGAAGCUAUCAUGCUGGAGGACUCCUGUGGUAGACCACCUUGUGAUAAUGACCAUGUUUCAUUCAAGGAGACUUUUGAGCCAGACGCUUUGAAGAGCGUGGAACUUGUUGGAGAUGGUGCUGAAUCACGUUCCUGUACCCAAGAAUUGCAGUCUACUAUUGGUUUCCUGUCAGGAUCAGCAGGCAGACAUGAGGUUGAUCAAGUUGAAGGUAAUACUUCUGCCCAGAGACAAGAUUCCAAUAUUUUGAAUAGAUAUGGCCCUGGUGAAAAAUGUCAUGCUGGCAGCCAUGCGCUUCAGCCAUGCAGUUUACAGUCCAACCAACUUGGUGUAUCAUCUUUCCCAGAUGGUAGUUCAGUAGAAAAUAUCCCUGACAUGAAAUGCAGGGGAGAUGGACUAUGCUCAACCAAGACAGCAGAAAGGGAGGAGAUGCCGCAGGCUUCUGCACUUUCUGCUGAUAUGCAAGGUGAAGAGUGUAACCAAGGCUUGGAUGGACAUCCGAUCAUGGAACCAUUUCAGCCUGAAGACGUUCAGGGACUUGGCAAGUUAGAUGAGCACCUGGAUGGUGUCAUACUAGAAGACACUCAAACACAAACUUCCAAUCUUUCAGCCAGUUCUGACUUACCUGCACCAGAAACAUUGCUUUCAGUACCAGCUGGAGCUGAUUUACGAGCUGAUGUAACGGUUGAACCAGUUCCAGAUGAAAAAAACCCAACCAAAGGAAGUGGGGUCGUGUCCAAAAUCCUUUCUGGUAAAAGUUGUCAUUUGAUAGAAAGUACACCAGUUCUACGGAGUGGGAAUUCAGCCGAGCUUUCUGGGGUGUCCCAGUCAAGAAAUUUGGAUUCCAUUCCUGAUGAUAAUGAUUUGUUGUCAUCCAUUUUAGUUGGAAGGAGAUCUUCAGCUUUGAAAGUGAGACCUACUCCGCCACCUGAAGUACCAUCUUCAAAACGUCUUCGAGUAGCAACCCGUGCCCAUGCUCCUAAGAGGAAGGUGCUUGUGGAUGAUACCAUGGUAUUGCAUGGCGAUACGAUACGACAGCAACUGACAAAUACAGAGGACAUACGCCGAAUACAAAGGAAGGCUCCUUGUACCCGUCCUGAAAUAUGGAUGAUUGAGAAGCAAUUACUCGAAAAUGAAAUCUUCAAUGAACCUAUUUUCACUGGAAUGUCAAUGCAGUUGAUUGGUUUGCAGAACCGAACCUCUGAUUCUUCUAAAGCUGGGCUUUCCCAAAUUGAUGCAAAUUGCACUCCUUUGGGAGUACAAAAGUGUAGGGAGUAUGCAGUAAGAAUAAAUGUUGCUGAAGAAAAUAGUUUGGAAGAUUGCACUGAGGAUGUUGCCGUCAGUAAUGAUGGGAAAGUUUUACCUGUUGGAAUACAUCUCCAGGUUGAGGACCAACAUUCCGAAGAGCAUGCUGGCUUAGAGGGUGAGGCUGUACUGGUGACAAUUGAAGGUGAAGCACAAGCAACUUCAUUGGACUCAUCAAAAGAUGGAAAGUUGGAGGAAUUACAUACCAUGGACAUAGACAGAGUUGAUGGAAUUUCUGAUGUAGUGGGUCAUGCUGCCACUCCAGGGGCUAAGCUAGCAGUGCCCUCUGGUCCUCUAUCUGGAGAUAAUAUUAAUCUGAUAGCUUGUUCUCUCAAGUUGUCUCCUGUGGAUAACAGUUGUGAAGCAGAAGUUAUUCUGCAGAAUGAUGAGGAACAUUCACUUAAAAAUCAGAAAUUGGGCUUCCAACCUGAUGAAAAGGGUGCUUUAAUCAUGGGUGGCAAUACCGGCAAUGAUGUUCAUGCCCUUCAUAUUGUGGAAGCGAAUGGCAAAAGCUCAAUUUCACCGAAGGCUGUACCUGCUGCAAAGGAUGUGUCUGCACUGGUGGAAACCGAUGGUGGCAUGUUCUCAGAGUUUCCUCAAGACUGCCAGAUUGGCGGGUUGGAGAAUACUUCCUCUGCAAUGGCUGCUGCUGAAUUGGACAACAGUUCAGUUGAUGCCAGGGCUUAUGUACAAGUAGAUUCCUCUGCCCUCUCCUUCGAAAAUAUUAAUUCUUCCUUGUGCUUGGAAAAUGGUGAGCAAACUGCUGUAGUUAUUGUAACUCGUGACCAGAACAUUGGAGGGAAUAAUGGGCUUUUAGAUGAGAAUGAAAUGAGUUCUGAACAAGCAAGGGAUGAAGUUGGUGUGACUAUUGGCAUGGAAGAUGCUGUAUUAGAACCUAAUGUGGACUUGGAAGAUGUUUCCUUUCAUCGAGGAGAAGAUCCUGGUUGUGUGGGUGCCAAUCAAAAGAACACUACAGAUGCUGAAAUCUGCAUGUUACAUAGUUUAGGUGCUGGAGCUUCUGAUGUUUUUGAGGAUUUAAUAGAUGAGAAUGAUACAGAGUUUCUUAAUGUAGAUGAUGAUGAAGCGGCUGAAGAAGAGGACAACAAUAUGCCAAGUGCUGAAGAGUUUUUUGAGAACAGUGGUUGGUCUUCCCGUACAAGGGCUGUUGCUAGGUAUCUCCAAACCUUGUUCGAUGACGCUGGCCAUGAAAGAGAAGUUGUUCGUAUGGACCACCUCCUGGCUGGUAAAACGCGGAAAGAAUCAGCUAGGAUGUUUUUUGAGACUCUGGUUCUUAAAACAAGGGACUACAUCCAGGUUGAGCAAGAGAGUUCAUUUGUCAACAUCAAAAUCAAGCCUAGAGGAAAGCUAAUGAAAGCAAACUUUUGAUCGCCUUCAUAUACAAGGCCUAGACAAGUAGCUAGCACAUACCCCUGUAUUCUACAAUGCUGAUGCCCAACUCUCUGGAUCUUAUGUCUCAAUUGUUGUAAUUUUUUGGUUUCUUUAUGUAACUUAUGAAACUAACAUAGGUUUUGGGGUUGGUCAGGUUUCUAUGUCACUAAUUGUACUCGGUAUGUAAAUAUGUUGUAAAAUUACUUCUCUACUGAGCUAGCCUCUCUUGUAGAAAUUGUAUGCCUAGAUGUUAUGGAGAUGAUGGUACCUGUAAAUGGAAUUCUCUGUAGCCACAUUCCAUGAGUGCAUUACUCUCGUAGUUGAGAUUAUUGAGUGAA